ACAACAUGGAGAAAGCAAAGUAAAAAAGAGAGAAGAAUUAUUGAGCCAACAAUUUGUUUGAAAUCAAUACCCUCAAAAUUUCUCCAAAAGAAAAAAUCUCAAACCCAUCUCUAAAAUCCUUAAGUUCAGCUUCCGUUAAUGUUCUUGUAGUAUUCUUCAUUUGUUUUGUUUGAAAUUUCUCCUUUUUAUUCCCUUAAUUAAUAGGUAGAAUUUUCUCCUCAAGUUUCCUGGAAGCUUAAAAAAAUCCUCUGCUUUUUGUGUUUUUGGUAUAAUAAUCUCUCGAAUUUGUGUUCAAAUCAAAUCUUUUGGCUUGUUGACCGUGUAAAUUUAUAAAAUUUGGCUGAACAGGCCAAGAAUCGGAUAUGGCAAUUCAAAAGGAUCGAGUAAAGUUUAACGUACGCAGUACAAUAUUUGAAACAACUAUUAAAACUCUAGCAAAUACAGGGCGAAACUCUUUUUUCGGUACAUUAUUUGAUGAAAACUGGGAGUUAAACUCACAAUUUAACAACAAUUCUAAUGAAGCUCUCUUCAUUGAUCGAAACCCCAAAUGUUUUUCAGUGCUUCUUGAUCUUCUCUGCACAGGCGAUCUCAACAUUCCCCCAAAAAUCAAUGAAAGACUCUUCUAUAGAGAGGCCUCAUUUUAUGGCCUUCUAGACCAUGUCCGCAUGGCCAAAUGGGGUCCAUUUGAUGUCAACAGGUUGAGGCUAGCCCAGUCUGUAAAGGGUCAGGCUCCCGGUGAUGCAAGAUUAAUCCGGGCGAGGCCAGAUGGUGGCUGCUGUGUGGCUCAUGGCAGCAUAGUUCAUGUGUAUGAUUGGAUGUUGAAAGAACAUCCACCAAUCAAUCUUGAUUAUCGAAGAGUUAAUGAUAUCGGUUGGGUUGAUUCUGAGAAUCUUGUAACUGCUUGUCAAGGAUUAGGUGGCAAAGAUGGAGGGAUGGGAUUGUUCAGUGCUUCAAGUGGAGAGUUGAGGUAUGAAUUUCAUGUCAGCCAUGACAAUCAAGUGAAGAGUUUUACUGCUGGGGUUUUGAGUUUUAGUAGUGAUCAUAAGAUAUUUUCAAGUUGUAAAGUGGGGAAUAAUGAGUGUGGGGUUGGAGUUUGGGAUCAGGUGACAGGAAAACAGAUAGAUUUCUUUUAUGAGAGAGAUGGUUGGUCUCUCGGUGAUGCUGAUAAGUUACAGUGGUUAAAUGGGAGGAACUGUUUAUUGCUUGCAAAAUUGUAUCAAAGAAAGGAUAAAUGUUACAUUUAUUUAUUGGAUUUUAGGGACAAGAACAUGGUGUGCCGUUGGUCUGAUAUUUUAGGUGUUACGGAUGCCUUUGCAAUGGAGGAGAGCAACUCCAUUUAUGUGGUGAAUGAGCAUCAGAAUUUGGGGUUCAUUGACUUAAGGUUCAAUGGAGGAAGUGUAAGGUGGAUGUCAAGAGACCCCCGGAUUGGGAAUACCGGGCAUAUCUUGGAGCCUCAUGAUCCAAAACUGGCACUGCACAAGGGGCAGAUGUUUUCAUUGAAGGACGAUUCAAUCUCUAUAUUUUGUGGUCCGGAUUGGGUGUUUACAUCCAAGCUUCAAUCAAAUGUUGGACGUUCCUUUUGUGAUUUCUCUAUCGGUGGUGAUAGACUGUUUGCUCUCCACCGUCGGGAGAAUGUAUUUGCUAUAUGGGAAUGCCCUCCUCCUCCUAUUAUGUGACAUGGGAAAGAUUCUAGAUUCGCUGUGUGCCUCUGAGAUGCUCUAUGCAUGGCAACAUGUUACAGGCUUAGGUUAGUGUUUAACUUUGCAUAAAGAAAGUUGUUUGGUGUCUUGCUUUGGUUUCAGUUUAGUCUUUUAUGGUAGCAAAUCUGUUGAAAUUCAUUAAAAAAAUAUUGAUGCUGAAAUGUUGUGAGGAAUAUAAGCGGCUGAAAAUGGUUUUGGUCAGUUGUUGGAAGAAAAAGUUGUCGCUUUGAAAUCUGUUAAGCUGAGGGUAAGGGAAAGAGCUGCUGUUAAGCUCUGUUAAAAUCCUAUUAGUUGCAAUCCUUCAAUGCAUAAUUUCAUCAAAACUCAUAGUUUAAUUAGCAGCAGUACUCACAGUGUCAAUAACUUCAAGCUGCAGCAGCCUCACCAGGUUCAUGUGUACAAAAUUCUUGUUAAUCCUUACUUAGUGUUCUAAUCUUUCUCUCUAUAUUUUCUCAUUCAAA